AUGAAUCAACAUAUCAAGAUUAAUUCUAAUUAUGAAGAUUCUAAAUCUAUCACGGAAGAGGUGAAGGGAAAGCAUAGUGAAGUGGAGGUGAUGAACUGUAAAGGUAUUAGAGGGAUGAAGGCUAGAAAGCUGGAGACCAUGGCUGCCUCACUGUUGCAGCCUCCGGCAAUCAAGUUGUGCGCAGCUGCGGCCUUGGUCUCGGUAACCCUGCUGUGGGUUUGCGCAUUGCAGCAGGCAUCAGUACUCAACGAGGAAGAUACAGUGUCAUCGUCAUUCUAUAAUCCCUUAUCGUCAUCAGAAAGGAUUUAUAAGAACAAUGGAUAUCUAGUGAUUAUAGCCAAUGGAGGGUUGAAUCAAAGACGACUUGCUAUUGUUGAUAUGAUCGUGAUUGCAAGAUAUAUUAAUGUUACGCUUAUUGUUCCUUUAUUCGAUAAUAAAACUUAUUGGAAUGAUAAAAGCACAUUUGCAGAUAUAUUUGACCUGAAUCAUUUCAUUACGUCUCUGAGAGAUGAAGUUCGUAUAGUGGAAGAGCUUCCUCCAGAGCUAAAGAGAAGAGAGGAAUCAGAGUCAAUUUAUUCCAUGGUUCCCAUAAGUUUUGCUAGCUUGACAUAUUACUAUCAAAAGGUUAUUCCUCGAAUACAAAAGCGUGGAGUCUUGCAUUUCUCUCUAACUGACGCUAGGCUAGCCAACAAUGGGCUACCAGAUGAGGUCCAAAAGCUUCGCUGCAGAGUAAACUAUGACGCAUUGAAAUUCACUCGGCCAAUUGAGGAAACAGGUAGAAAAAUUGUUAGUCUCCUAAGGCAAAAAGGACCUGUCUUGGUUCUUCAUAUUAGAUAUGAAAAAGACAUGGUUGCAUUUACGGGUUGUGUUCAAGGUUUAACUAAAGAAGAGAUCAAAGAGGUUAAAGAAAUGAGGUACUCCUAUGAAGAGUGGAAGCAUAAAACGAUAGAUGCUAAAAGGAGGAGAGAGCACGGCUCUUGCCCAUUGACUCCCGAGGAAACUGCUCUUAUAUUGCAAGCAUUGGGAAUUGAUAGGAAUACCACAAUCUACAUAGCAGCCGGAAAAAUAUACAAUGAAGAAAAGAGAAUGGAAAACCUAGCAAUGGUGUAUCCAAAUCUGGUCAGGAAAGAGCUUGUGUUGGAACCCUCGGAUCUUAAGCCCUUCCUCAAUCAUGCAGAUCAGAUGGCAGCAUUGGAUUAUAUUGUUGCAAUAGAAAGUGAUGUUUUCAUUCCUACCUUUGGAGGAAACAUGGCCAAAGCUGUCGAAGGCCAUCGUAGAUACUUGGGAUUCAAGACAACAGUUCUUCUUAACAGAGAAAUUCUAGUCAAGUUGAUCGAUGACUACAGGAAAGGAAGGCUGAGCUGGGAUGAAUUUGCUGUACUAGUGAAGAAAUCUCAUGAACAUCGUACUGGGAAACCAGGCAGAAGAAGGGAGAUUCGUGAUCAUCCCAGACAUGAAGAUUUCUUCUAUUCUAAUCCACAAGAAUGUCUGCCACCAAUUUCCUGA